UCUCAGCUAAUGACUGUGUGGGUUUGUCUAAACUGGUCUCUCGUUCAUUUUCCAUUCAGCAGUUCAGCUUCAGAGGCGCGACGGACUGAGGUUUUCUGUUUCAGGAUGAAUCUGUACAGGAGUUUUGGGAAUCUCAUGGAGACGUGGGUGACUGACGAUAACCCGAGCCACGAUCCACUGUGGCUGGGAAAUAACUCGAAAGACUCUCCCACAUCUUCUUCCUACAUGGAACCGAACCUGCGCUCGGAAUCGGUGGACUCUGGGGUGGAGACGGCCAGCUGUGACACCGUUCUGUCCACGUCCGGCUCUGUCUCUACAGAUCACACUGAGAUGGAUUUGUUUAUGCCACAAAAAGGACUCUCAUCACAGUCUCCUGUCCUCUACUCUCCGGUGCCGUCCUCCUCCUCCUCCUCCUCGUCUCCACAGUUCUGUCCCAUCAGAGAGGAGAAAGGUUCGACCGGCCUGCACCUCACAGAGGAAGCGUCCCUCCAAAAGACUGACUCUGUUCAUCUCAGAGACAAGCCGAAGACCCUGACGGUGGAGGAGGUGCUCAGCCGCAGGCCCAGAGCAUCUCUGCUUCCCAAACGCCACACAUCAGAUUUAGGAAUAGGACAAAGGACAGAGAACUCAGGGUGGAGAGUAAACCCAUCCCUUCCCAUCAGGCAGAGGUCAGAUGUGUGCAGACGGCCGGUUUCUCUUGGUCUCGACACACACAGAUCAGAGGGCCUUGCUGUCGGGGACAACAGAGAGUUGAGUCCUGGGCUCGACUACCUGGAACAGGUGUGCCAAAUGCUGGAAGGAAUUGCUAGAGAGCAGAUGCACAGUCGAGGCAUGCAACCGGAGCUGGAAGCCCUGUGGGAAGAUCAAGACGCUCAGACUCUCAACGCUCGUCCGGUUGAUGCCGCAGAUGAAGAGGCUCUCGUUCCACAUGAAAUUCUUCACAAUAGAAAGGACGGUGUGGGCAAACCACAGCAGUGGAAAAACGGACAUUUUCGGCAGAGAUCAGCCUCAGACACAGCUCUUUCAACGAUACAUUUAAGAAAGAUGAACACACACGAUAAAGGACAGCUUAUGAGUACAACUGAUCUGCUGGAGAGGGCAGAGGAUGAGGAAGAAAAGCAGAACUCAACAAAAACAGAGAAGAAUAAAAGUCACAGGCACUGGAAGCUAAAAUUUGGGUCAUUUGGAAAAGGAGAAUCAGCUGUUUUCAACACAAAGAGCCAACAGACGCAGUCAUCUGAGAAAACCUCGGCCCGACGACGGUUGAGCAAGCUGUUCAGGAGGAGGAGGAAAACUCUGCCCAUGUGAAGGGAUGACCGCCUGGUGUCUGCCUUAAAUGUUUGGCAUUUUGGUGUCUGCAGAGGAGUGGGCUUCAUAAUCUCAUCACUGACAUGGCUUUCAAAAUGACUCCUUCCGUAGCAGUUGGUCAUGUUUGUUUAUUAUCAGUGAUAUUCAGCUCUUUAAAGAAAAAUACCAUUUUAUAUAGUCACUUUCUCUACAAUUAUGACUGUAUUGCUUUUCUCACUGUGUUCAUGGAGAAUUUAUUGGUGUAAAAAGCCCAUUCAGAAUAUUAUUUUUUAAGCCGCAGACACGUCAAGGCUUUGUGAUAUAUUGUGUCAUUAUAUUGUAUAUUGUUAAUAAAGAUGAAAUCUUUUUUUAAUUCUAUUUUCAUAUAAGAAUAAUAUCCAGUACUACGUCACAUAUUAACAGAUUGAAAAAAAAAUCAGUCUGUGUGGUGCUGCAGCACAAAAUAAACAUAGAAAAAAAUGGUAGUUG